AUGGCCGCGCAGAAGCUCAUCCGCCCCGCUCUCAGUGAUGAGACGGCCCUUAAUAGUCUCCUCAACGGAGGACUUCUCGCCGCAGGCCGGCGGCACCGCGACCAGGCCGAGUGGGAGGCCAAGGAAGACAGCAUCCCUCGCGGGUCGGCGGCGGCGGCGGCGAGAAACAAGAUGCUCGCGGGAAACACGAAGCUCGGCGAUGACCAGAGCGUUAAGAAGCUGCGAACGAACGCUGUGAAAGCCUCGCUUGAAGGUGAACAAAACCGGAGUGAUGUUGAUGUUGUGAUCCCCGAGGCGUUUGCCAAGGCGGAGCUCGUGGCUACAGCGUCGGCGAAGAUGACUUAUCUACUCGAUGCAAUCAUUGAACAUUACGAACACGAGAAGAUCAUUGUCUUCUAUGAAAACGAGAAUACGGCGUGGUACAUUGCUAGCAUGCUGGAUGUCAUCCAGAUCGAACAUCUCAUCUACGCCAAGACAUUGACACAAAAGCGAAAGGCACAAUACAUCAACACUUUCAACAACAACACCAAGUUUCGCGUCAUACUCAUGGACAUAACACAGGCUGCAUACGGCCUUGACAUGCGGGCAGCGUCGCGCAUCUACUUCCUGAACCCCGUCCUCAACCCCCAGGUAGAGGCACAGGCCAUCGGUCGAGCGCGUCGUAUCAGCCAGCAGAAGGCCGUUUCGGUAGAGACACUAGUACUUCGAGGCAGUCUCGAGGAGGUUAUUAUAAUGCGGAAGCACAAGAUGAGCCAAGCAGAGCACAUCAAAUGCAAAAGCAUCCUCGAUGAUCGGCCAUUAUUCAACUACAUCCUCAAUUCUGGAUUCCUGCCAAUGCCAGAGGGCCCCCAUGAAGGGCUAGCGCAGACAGCAUCUCUGAGGCAUCCACAGCCAAUUUUCGGCAGGGGCUUCGGACGAGUUGUGCACCCUGAUGAAGAUAUUUGGGUAACCGAUGGGGCUGUCCCCCGGGCGACGGUAUUGGAUGAGACGCCUACACGUAACGGGGCCACAGGGACAGCAAAUGGACUGGCAAGCCGAGCGAAGCGGCCACAUGGCGAGGUUAUGAGUCCCGGGAAGCCGGGUGAGCCAAAGGGGGAGCAGGCAGAAGAAAGCGAGCCGGUCUCGAGGCGCAUACGCUUCGCCUGA